AAGAAAAACAAUUAAAAUGUGUGAAAAGUGGCGAAUUAAGUGACCAACCAGUUCACGACCAUCACCAGACCCGGUGAAACUUGCGCUCGCUCGGCAGCGGUAAUUGUGGAGCGAUAGGAACGCACUACAGCGCCAGCGCCAUGCCCAUAGACAUAGACGACCCACGACGACCAAGUGCCAAAAGCGAGAAUCGAGCGUGAGCGACUGUGCCAGGAGCCAGGAAGAGGAUCCGGCUACGGGUUCGGAGUCCAUUCCGCUAGUCAAGAAAGCAAAAGCCAACCCAAGUUGCAUUUAGUUUUGAGCCUCCCACAACCAGACCCCCGUUCAGUCACACUAACAAAAUGGGCAACAAGAACUCGUGCUGUGCGUACUCCAGUCCGCAGUCGGACCGCAAGUCAAAGGACAUGCCGCCAGUGUUCGAGGAGCGUCACCAGCUAAGUCAUCCACCGCACACGUCGCAACAUCAUCAAACAGACGGCCAUCACGGUUCCAUGGCAGCAGUGCACCUGCAUCAUCAUCAUGGACAUCACCAGCAGUCGAAUCAGCAGGGUGGCGGCAGUGGCGACAACUUCGAGAACCAGGCGAAUCUGCAGCACAUCUCGGAGCGUGAGGCGUUGGAGGGAGAGGAAGAUCCAUCGGUGGAUCCCACGGCGGCCACCAUGUUCCUGGAGCGAUCCAAAGUGGAAAAUGGCGGUAUGACGCGUAAGCGUUCGCAGCAGCAGAUUGCCCAACAUGCGGGAAGUGGCGGUGGUGGCAGCACUCCCGGUGGCACCAGUUCCGGCGGUGGUGGCGGCGGCGGCAUGAAGAAAAGCUCUUCCUGCUCAACCAUCUAUCUGGAUGACAGCACUGUCUCGCAACCGAAUCUAAAGAAUACGGUCAAGUGCGUAUCGCUGGCCAUUUACUAUCACAUCAAGAACCGACAGUCUGACCGGCGGCUGGACAUCUUCGAUGAGAAACUGCAUCCGCUCACCCAUGAUCCGGUGCCGGAGAACUAUGACACGCACAAUCCAGAGCACCGCCAGAUCUACAAGUUCGUGCGCACGCUCUUCAAUGCCGCCCAGCUCACGGCGGAGUGUGCGAUCAUCACGCUAGUCUACCUGGAGCGGCUACUCACCUACGCUGAGCUGGAUGUGGGACCCUGCAACUGGAAGCGCAUGGUGUUGGGUGCCAUUCUGCUCGCCUCAAAAGUGUGGGAUGAUCAAGCCGUUUGGAACGUUGACUACUGCCAGAUACUCAAGGAUAUCACCGUGGAGGACAUGAACGAGCUGGAGCGCCAGUUUCUCGAGCUGCUGCAGUUCAACAUCAACGUUCCGUCUUCGGUGUAUGCCAAAUACUACUUCGACUUGCGGACGCUGGCCGAGGCCAAUGAGCUCAAUUUCCCCACAGAGCCGCUGUCCAAGGAGCGGGCCCAGAAGCUGGAGGCCAUGUCGCGGGUGAUGCAAGACAAGGUCACCGCCGAGGCGCUCAAGAACGGGAUCAAGAAGUGGUCCUCCAUGGACAACAUCAGUCAGGGCGGGCCGCGACGCAGCGUGGCCAUACUAUCGUGAUUUAUAUUAGCCUACUAAAGCUAAAGCAGCAGCAAGAAAAACGAGUCAAGAAAAAUCCAUAUUCUGUAGUCCGUAGAGUGAGUCCGAUCGACCGUAACUUGUGAGCACUUCGUCAAGCUCUUGCCCACUUCCCUACCUACCCUCCUCAUUUCAUUAAAGUACACUUUUUGCGAGAAAGUUUUUUAGCCAGCGCACUGGGACGAAGAAAUCCAAGCCUCACAUUAUUAAGUGCAUAAAAGCACACUCUUAUAUAUACAAAAAACACACAGAUGAAAGCGUUUUAACCACACACACACACAAGUCUCGAAUUAAGGACCACUUUUUACAUAUACAUGAUGAAGGAUGUAUAUUCUUGUAAGCGAAACUACCGAUAUGCAGUCAAGGAUUUGGAUGAGGAUUUUAACAGAGAUACAACAGAUACUACGGAAAUGCAACGCGUAACCAAUUGCCAAACAACAAAAAAAAUCACACAAAAGUAGGAAAUUGUUUGUAAAAAAAAAAAACAUAAAGCUAAAUAUUCUAAUUGACUUUCUAAUCAAUUUAAUCUCGAAGAAAUCUUCACUUAGCGUCCGCGCCCAGAACAGAACAUUUCCCUGUACAUUUGUUACGAAUUUAAUUUGUUUUCGCUCCAUUUUCUUAAUAUAUGAUUUCGUCGUGUGAUUCUUAGAGUUAGCUUUAUACGAUGAGCGAUAUAUACAUAUAUAUUAUAUAUAAUUUUAGCUUCCCCCCGACAUCGGGCUUUAUAGGCAGAAAAAAAGGGGGCGCGGCAAAACUGAUUUGUUUUUUGGUUCUUAGCAUUAGAAAACAAAACAAAUGUGGAUGAGCAGGAGAAGUAUGAAAGAGCACAGCGCAAUAUUAACCCAAAAGAUUUGUGAGUAAAUUAAUGUACUAGACAUAUAUAGACAUAUGCAA